AAUUUAAAUUUAAAUAUAAUUAUUUUAGUAAAAAUACAAUUCAGUUAUGAAUUCUGAUUUAUCAGCAUCUGCUUUAGAGUUUGUGCCACAAACGUAUCGAGUGCCUUUAUUGUCUGCAAGUGCCCCUGAAUUUAUACCAGAAAAAAAUAAAUUUUUAUCUCAAAAUAAUGACAGUAUUAGAACAAACCAUAAUUUUAAAUGCUCCGAAUCAACCAGUAGUUAUAACACUCACAAUAAAUAUACUUCUUUCCAAAAUGGAUCGAAUAAAAAGAAUAAAACUUUAAAUGAUUUUAUCAAUACCAAAGACUUAGCAAAUGCACAAGAACAAACGAAUACAGAAGGUUUUAUGCAAGCAAAACCUACACUAAGUGCUAACCAAUACACCAAUAUUCAAGACAAAAAAAAAGAAAACAAAAAUUUAAACAAAAAUGAAAUAAUAAAGUCUAGCAAAAACCUUAAUUCUGUCUCAGUUAAUACAAAAGACCAACCAUUAGCUAAAGAUUUACAAAUAAAAACAAAAAAAGAAACAAAAGUAAUUUGUUGUACAACUGUUUCUACAAUUAAAAAUGAACAACCAAAAUUAUCUUGGAGUUCAAUUGUUAAAAAGACGCCUAAUGAAAGUUUAGAAAUAGAAAAAUCAACAAGAGCUCCAACAGGGCUAAGAGCUCCAGUGGCAGAGGAAAUAACUGGAACACAGCAGAAUUUUAAAAAGAAAAAAAAUUAUACUAAUAUUAAAAAUAACAUUACAUUUGAACUCGGUCAACUAAAGUCUGAGCAUGAAUCAGUUUUUUGUUCUCAGAAUGAAAGAAAAAAUAUUUCACAAAAGGACAAUGGUUUGGAUGAAAACAUACCUCAUAGACAAAACUUAGAGAACAUUGUUUCUCAAAGUCAAACCUUACUGACAGAAAAAAAUACAAGUUCAACUUCUUUGCUUAAAAAGACAAAUAAAAAAAAAUCUUCUAAUCUAAGGGUAUCUUUUGAAAGUAGUUUGUAUAAAAACGAAGGCAAAUUUACAGACAAAUUUGUUGCUAAAAAUAGAUCUUCAAAAAAGUUAAUAGACUUUCAAGCAAUCCAAACUUCAAAUCCUGAAUCAGAAGAAAAAGUUUGGUUAAAAGAAAUGUCACACAGUGCUACUGCUGAUGCUUCAUUUCCUCCCACACUGACAUCUAAUGUAGCAGCCCCUUUAUCUUACAGUUCAAUUGUGAAGAAAAUACCUGUUUUACCCAUUACGCCUAUAAAAAUCUGCGCAGACGAUGAAAAACCAACUUCGACACAGUUGUCCCCAGAAGAGCGUAAAAAAAGGCUUAAAGAGAAAAAGUUGAAGCGAAAGCUAAAGGUAAAAGAAAAGAAAGCUAGGCUGGCUAAAGAAAAUCCUAAAGUGAUUGAAGCUUCAAAAAAAACUUCAAAAAAAGAAGUUAUGCUUGACUUUGGCUGUUUGUUGGACCAAUUAAAUUCUCAGAAGGAUAUUAAGAAACAAAGAAAAGUUGUUUCAAUAGGAGUGAUAUCAGUUGUUAGUGGAUUGGCAAAAAGAAAUACUUCAGACGGAAAAAGAAAAACAAGGGAAAAGGGUGGAGCUUCUUCAGAGGGUCUUCGUAUAAAACGUGGGAAAAUGCGAGAAACACCCAAAAAAAAGAAGCCUACUCUUCUUAAAAAAAUAAUAAAACUUGAACGAGAAAGAAAACGAUUAAUUAAUGCAAUAAAAAAAGAGUCUGUGCAAGAAAAACAAUCUGUAGAGUCUACUGAUUUGUCAGCAACUGAGAAAUUGGAGUUGUUUCAAAAAGAGGAUUCCAAAAUUGAUAUAGUUAAAGAGCCUUGUCUCAUAGAAGAUAGCUGUUCUAAUGUUUGUCAAGAUUCUAAUGGUCCAAAAAAUUUCCAAAAUGAUACUGUUUGUCAAAAUACUUCUGAAAGGAAAGUAUCAGAUCCAAAUGUGACAAAACUUUGCAGUCUGCCUGAUUAUGUCAGAGAAAAAAUCCACUCAAGAAAGUUUCGAGAGUAUUGUAAUCAUCUCCUCAGCGAUGAAAUCAACAACUUGACUCAAUCACUAUUAUUGGAUCUGAUCAAAUAUCAAGACAGAGUUUACCAUGAGAAUCGAACCAAAUUCAAACAAAAGAGGCGGUAUGUGCUGGGUCUUAGAGAAGUUCUCAAACAUUUAAAAGUGAAAAAAUUGAAAGCUAUCAUUGUUGCACCAAACAUUGAAAGAAUUUCUUGUGAAGGUGGAAUUGACGACUACUUGACAAACAUCUUAAGUCUGUGUAAUGAAGACAGCAUUCCUGUGAUCUUUGCAAUGAACAGACAUACUUUAGGUAAAACCAUGAAAAAGAAUGCUCCUGCAAGUGUUGUCGGUAUUUUUAGCUAUGAUGGCGCUCAGGAUAAGUUUAAAGAACUCAUGCUACUUGUCGAAAAAGCUCGCAUUGAUUAUAAAAACAAAGUGAAGCUAACAACUCAGCAGUUUAUUACAAAUGACUUUAUAUCUAAAGAUGUUAAAAGAAAUGAGAGCGAAACUCACGAUAAAACUGAAGUUAAAUCUGGACGACACCGACAGCUCAACCCUCACCGCAAUGAACAAACAUAUUUUAUUUACCCCUCUGCUCCCCUUUAUCAAGGUCAUCAUGGAUAUCACCCAAUAAAAAAUAACUACAAUAGUUACACACCUGGUCAAACUAACUAUUAUUACCAUUCACCGCCCUCCUCUGUCGUUCAUUCAUCCAUUCAUUAUAAUCGUUCUUUGCAUAAUGUUGAAUCGCAUAUGAACCCUUCUUUACAAAUAACCGAAGCAGAAUAUCUAAAAAAGCAGAUUUUAGAAAAAUUUUAUUCCUAAUUGCUGUUUUAAAUGAAUUUAAAAAAAUAAUCUUUUAUCAUUAUGUCCUAUAAGAUAUAUAGAUGAUAGCUUUGUAUAACCCAGAUGUGCAAUGGUUUUGAGAAUUUAGCUGAAUAAAACUUUUUCGUUUAGAAAAGUUUCAAUUUUAAAAGUUUUUUCAAAAGAAACAAAAAGAAGCUGAGUUGAUUGAUUUCAUUGAGUAAAAUUUCUUUUUUUGCUGUGUAUUUAUUAUUAUGUAUAUAUAUAUAUAUUUUUUUUUUGCAGUUGUUUUUAUUACCGAUGUUUUACAUUGUUUAAUGAAAUGAUAUUUAUUUCAUUAGCUGUAAUUUGUAUUAACGGGGUUUUAUAUGACGCGGUAGGAAUAUUGGAAAUUAAUUUUUUUUGA